CCCUCCCUCUUGGCUGGCGCUCACAGGCCGCGCGGGCAGCGCAAGCCCCGGAGCCCCGGAGGCCUGUGCGCCCGGAGCCGGCAUGGACCCCGAGCACUGCGCGCCCUUCCGCGUAGGGCCUGCACCCGGCCCCUAUGCGGCCUCGGGGGACCAGCCUCCGGGCCCGCAGGGAACCCCCGCCGCUGCGCCUCACCUGCACCCCGCGCCGCCCCGCGGCCCGGGGCUGACCCGCUUUCUGGGCUGCGGGCCCCUGGAGCCCUACCUCCCAGAGCCGGCCAAGCCGCCCGCCAAGUACCUGCAGGACCUCGGGCCCGGCUUGGCGCUCAACGGCGGCCACUUCUACGAGGGCCCCGCGGAAGCUGAAGAGAAGGCCUCCAAAGCUGCCAGCUUCCCCCAGCUACCCUUGGACUGCCGAGGGGGCCCCAGAGAGGGUCCCUCUAAUUUGCAACCCUCCCCAGGCCCCUGCCUGGCCAGCCUGCGUCUUCCUCUUUCCCCGGGACACCCUGACUCCAUGGAGUUGGCCAAGAACAAGAGCAAGAAGCGCCGUAACCGCACGACCUUCAGCACGUUCCAGCUGGAGGAGCUGGAGAAGGUCUUCCAGAAAACCCACUAUCCUGAUGUGUAUGCCCGGGAACAGCUGGCUUUGCGCACAGACCUGACCGAGGCCCGGGUACAGGUCUGGUUCCAGAACCGCAGAGCCAAGUGGCGGAAGCGCGAGCGUUAUGGGAAGAUCCAAGAGGGGCGGAACCCCUUCACGGCUGCCUAUGACAUCUCUGUGCUGCCCCACGCUGACAGUCACCCUCAGCUGCAGAACUCCCUGUGGGCCGGUCCAGGAUCUGGGAGCCCUGGGGGCCCCUGCCUUGUGUCUCCAGAGGGCAUCCCCUCACCAUGCAUGUCUCCAUAUUCCCACCCCCAUGGGAGUGUGGCUGGCUUCAUGGGGGUGCCAGCCUCCUCUGCAGCUCACCCUGGCAUCUACUCCCUCCACAGCUUUCCCCCCACCCUGGGGUGCCACAGCUUUGAGCCCUCCUCAGACGGCGACUACAAGUCUCCAAGCCUCGUCUCGCUCAGGGUAAAGCCCAAGGAGCCACCCGGCCUUCUGAACUGGACCACGUGAUCGGUCACACGGACCUGUAGACUGAGCUGCCCACUUCCUUUUCCAUUCCCAGCCACUCCCAGCCCACCCCUGCCUGGACAUCAGGGAGGAAGCACCUCUGCCUCCAAGCCCCAGGUUCUGGAGGCCUGGGAGAGCAGCUGCCACUGUCAGCCCUCAGCAGGGAACAUGUUACAGGGUCUUUUCUCUUAGAAUAAUGUGGGGCUGGCUAGGAGAAGGGGCUUCAAAGCAGGUAGGACUCUUCCUACCACAAACUGAGCCCCCUCACCCAAACUCUGGGCUGGAGGCAGGGAGACACUGCCUUGCUUCCUCCAGCUUUGUCCAAGUCCAUUGUCAUCUCUCCAGCUCAGACAGCUUACUUGUAAGGCUCCUCGUUCAGGGAACCCAGGAAAAUAGGAGGAGAAGGGCGCCAAGUGGACUGGAGUAGCUCUUCAUGAUGAGACAGGAAACCACAAAGGGGGUCUCUGAUGAUGGCGUGGAGUCAGCCCUGCUUCCCCUCCCCACCAGCAGGGGUGCACUGGUAUCUGCCACUAAGGAGGGCCUGAAGGCCAAGGUCAGCAUAGAAGGCAACUGGCGCCCCGUGCAGUGGCUCGCGCCUGUAAUCCCAGCACUUUGGGAAGCUGAGGCGGGUGGAUCACGAGGU